AUGUUGAAUAGGACGGUCGGGGUAAGCAAGCGUUUUGCCUUGCUUCAGUGGGACAAAAACAUCUUCAAGAAUAGUGAUCUCCAUCCUGAAGCUGCGCCCAGCGGUGGCGCCGGACAGCAGGUGCUUGAAGAGGCAGAUGCGACUCAGGAAGCUUCGGGCUGGCUUUUCAGACGAAACGUGUCUUUGGCAGCGCCGCAUGCCGUUGCAGAUAGUGAGGGCAUGGAGUGGCGCUUCGGUCGCAAGCACUACGGCAGGCCUUUGCACCAAGUUGUGGCAGAAGACCCCAGCUAUUGCCAAUGGGUGAUCAAGAGGGCGAAGGAGGGACAUGCUUCUGCGACACUGCAUGAGCAUGCUGCCUGGCUCCGGCAGCACGCGCCGCAGCUGACGACGCGUCAGACAGAUGGCACGAGUCUGCAAGCGAAGGAUUCUCGGUGUACUUCUCACAUGGAAAGAAAGGCGUCGUCCACAGGCUGUGCGCCGACGUUUCAUGGAAAGAACCUUUCUCAAAUGGCAGCCAAUGAUCCGGUGUUUUGCCAGUGGAUUCUUCGUGAAGCCCAGGGACCACGUGCCUCCAAUCACUUGCUCGAAGCCUCCAGCUGGCUUUCCGAGAAUGCGCCGCAUCUGAAGGCAGAAGGCAUGUUUGCCGCAGGUAGAAAACACCGCGGCCGACCUUUGUCAGAAGUCGUGGUUGAUGACCCAGCUUACUGCCAGUGGGUUCUGCGUGAAGCACAGGAGAAGCAUGCUACUCCCGAGCUGCGAGCAAUGGCAACCUGGCUGGCGAAAUAUGCACCACAUGUGAAGGAUGCUGGCGUAUUUGCAACAGGUCCACAGCAUGAGGGGCGACCAAUCGCUGAGCUGGUGUCCGAAGACCCAACGUACUGCCAGUGGAUCCUCCGCGUGGCGGAGGAGGAGAAGGAAGAGGCAACCAAGGGGUUGCAAGAGCAGGCGGCGUGGCUCUUGAAGAAUGCGCCGCACCUCAAGGAGAUGCCAUUGGUGGCCCUUCGGGGAUCACAUCGUGGAAUUCCGCUUCCUCAGGUAGUUGUUGAGGAUCCGGGCUGGUGCCACUGGGUGAUGAUGCAGCCGCAGGCGUACAGUACUUACUUCGCAGAUGCUUCAGAUUGGCUGCGGGAGAAUGUUCCAGAGCUCCUUGAGGCGCAGGAGGACGACGAGGCUACUAUCACAAAGAUAUGCCAGCCUCUUCUUGAAGCGCACGGCAAGCACUUCGUCAUCCGCUUCGGCAAAUAUCGGAUGAAGACCUUUGAGACGAUGAUGGAGGAGGCCCCGAAGUUUGUGAAUUGGGCCAAGCGUAUGUCCGAUUAUGGUCGUGCGAGUAGGAACAUCCAUCUCCUGGCAGCCUUCGCGCGCCAACAGGAAGGCGCACCUGCUUCAGGCCUGGCCAUGACACGAGCUCAAUUGACUGCUGAGCACUUGACAGCCUGA